UAAGAUUUCGAAGGGUUCUAUUUUACUAUAGUUAAGUGUGCAAAUAACUACUAAAGAAUAACAGAAAUGUCGUUGAAAACAGUUUUCUUGCUGGUUUGUUCCUUAGUAGCUGUCAAUUCUUUCGUAUACCCAGAACCUGGUAGAAAAUCACGGUCGGAUGGGUCAUUAUUUCCGUUAUCGGGAUACGAAGUGAACUCAAGAAGAAAUAGCGAGUCUCAUUCAAAUGAACAAGGCCAAUUCGGUCGAAGCCAAAUAGAAAAUGAAGAAGAGCCUAUAUUAGGAAGACAAAGUGGAACCCAGUCAAACCGAGGGCAAGAUUAUGAUGAAAGAAGAGAAAGAAUGAGAGGACAGAAAUUGAUGAUAAAAUAUCCAGCAUCGUCUUCAUCGUCAUCGUCUGAAGAAGAUUUCAGUGACUCUCAUGAAAUUAGAAAAGUGGAGAAGCAGUAUCAUGAUACAAAUGGUUAUAAUGGUGGAAAUAAUCGUUAUGAACCUGCUCAGACACAACAAAGGAGCUACAAGAUGAACUUUGAAGCACCAGAUCUCCAAAACGCAAUAGAUAAGGACAUGUAGAAAAAUAUUUUUUCAAUGUUAUAAAUUUGCAUUAUUCCUAUAUAUUAUGGUAUUAAGUGUAGAAUAUAGUAUUUGCACAAUUCAAAUUUAUAAAUGUAUAACUGUUAUACAAAAUAAAAGAAACACAAACUA